AUGCCGAAAGCGCCCAAAUCGCCCGGUGUGCGUGACCAGCGACACAACCCUCUAGCCGAAGAAUAUGCGCCCUCAGACCCAUGGAAGAACAAGGCGCCGAAGCGACAAAAGCGAAACAAGAGCGACAAGGAAGACGACGAGCAGAAGUAUGUAGACUCCAAGAGCUCGCGCAAAAUCCUGGAAAUUGGAAGAGAGCUGGAAGAGGAGGAUGCGAGGGAGAACAAGGCCCGAAGACCGCAAGAAGCCAACCCAGCCUUUGACUUCGAGACACGCAUGGGCGAGGAUGACAUGCCAGGGGAGGAUUUGGUCCAAGCCGAAGACGACGACGACGAGGCCUGGGGCGACGACGAUGAGGAGGUGGAGGAGGUUGAGAUCGAUGCGAACGACCUAGCGGCGUGGAACAAGUUCAUACCAACAGAUGACAACCCUAUCGUGUGGCCCGGCGAGGAGGCGCAACAAUCUGGACCAGGCACAGAUCUGGCGGCGCUUAUUCUCGAGAAGAUCGCUGCACAUGAAGCUGGAGGCGAAGUACAGCAACCAGAGAUUCAAGGCGGUGGUGCUCCAGAAGACGCGAUUGAACUACCUGCCAAGGUUGUCGAAGUAUACUCAAAGAUUGGCUUGAUCUUGAGCCGCUACAAGAGCGGCAAGUUGCCCAAGCCCUUCAAGAUCCUGCCCACGAUUCCCGCCUGGGAAACCCUCGUCGCCAUCACACGUCCUGACGAUUGGACACCCAAUGCUACCUUUGCGGCCACCCGAAUCUUCAUCUCCGCGAAGCCGCAAACCGCCCAAAUCUUCCUCAACACCGUACUGCUACCUCUGGUACAACAGAACAUCCGGGAAACACACAAGUUGAACGUGCAUCUGUACAAUGCACUGAAGAAGGCGCUUUACAAGCCCAGCGCAUUCUUCAAGGGCGUCGUAUUCCCUAUGCUCACAGAUGUCUCCUGCACACAGCGCGACGCCGUCAUUGUAGCUUCGGUCGUAGCCAAGAUUUCCGUGCCCGUCCUACACUCUGCCGCCGCCCUCCACCGUCUCUGCGAAAUCGCUGCCGAGCAAAUGUCUUCGGACCCGGAUGCCGCUGGCCCCUGCAACAUCUUCAUCAAGACACUUCUCGAGAAGAAGUACGCCCUGCCUUUCAAGGUCAUCGACGCGCUCGUCUUCCACUUCCUGCGCUUCCGAGGCGUAGGUGCAAGCAGCGCCGACGCCAUGGACACCGAGUCGGUAGCAGGCGACCUGGGCAACACAGGCAAACUGCCCGUCAUCUGGCAUCAGUGCCUGCUUGCUUUUGCGCAAAGAUACAGGAACGACAUUACCGAGGACCAAAGAGAGGCGCUGCUAGACUUGCUGCUCACGAGAGGCCACAGGAGCAUUAGCGCCGAAGUACGGAGAGAACUGCUUGAAGGAAGAGGACGUGGUGUUAUGAUCGAGCCACCUGCUGUAGGUAUCGAUGGCGACGACACGAUGAUGAUGGCCGUCGAUGCAUGA